AUGAGGGGUGGCAACUAUCACAACAGCUUUUUCUGGGAUAGGGAUACGGAGGAACAGGAGGGCCGUGUUGCCGAUGUCCAAGCAAGCAGGGCUCUGCCGCGGGCGGGUUUCCCCACGACGGAUCAGCUAGCUUUUAAUUAUGAGCUGAGCGAGGAUCAGAACAACAUCCUUCGCCCACCUCCCCUUUUCUUCCUUGACUUCUCCAAAGCUAACUUAUCAGAAAUGGGACAUCCAAAGCUUCAAAAAGUGGAGAUCAAAGACAUCUCCGCCAUGCCGCUUUUCACUGUACUAGUACUUUCGCCGCAAUGCGCACAACGCCCAACACACAUGGCGGUGGCGGAGAUGUGCACCCCCUUUUGA